CAUUGGCUGGGCUGGGUCGUCCGGGCGACGAAAAAGGGGAAGGGGUGCGGGGCCAGGCGGGCAAACUGAGGCUACAGACUGUUGGGUGGUUCCGCGGGGCGUUGUCGGGAGAGCUGCGGAGCUAGGUGUCCAGGGUUCACGCCACACUCCAGGAGGUGCCUGAGCGAGUGAGCCGGCCAGCGAGCCCCGCGGGUUGGGACCAUGGGCUGCUUCUUCUCCAAGAGACGGAAGGCUGACAGGGAGUCGCGGCCCGAGAACGAGGAGGAGCUGCCAAAGCAGUACAGCUGGGAUCAGCGCGAGAAGGUUGAUCCAAAAGACUACAUGUUCAGUGGACUGAAGGAUGAAACAGUAGGUCGCUUACCUGGGACAGUAGCAGGACAACAGUUUCUCAUUCAAGACUGUGAGAACUGUAACAUCUAUAUUUUUGAUCACUCUGCUACAAUUACCAUUGAUGACUGUACUAACUGCAUAAUUUUUCUGGGACCCGUGAAAGGCAGUGUGUUUUUCCGGAAUUGCAGAGAUUGCAAGUGCACAUUAGCCUGCCAACAAUUUCGUGUGCGUGAUUGUAGAAAGCUGGAAGUCUUUUUGUGCUGUGCCACUCAACCCAUCAUUGAGUCGUCCUCAAAUAUCAAAUUUGGCUGUUUUCAAUGGUACUAUCCUGAAUUAGCUUUCCAGUUCAAAGAUGCAGGGCUAAGUAUCUUCAACAAUACAUGGAGUAACAUUCAUGACUUUACACCUGUGUCAGGAGAACUCAACUGGAGCCUUCUUCCAGAAGAUGCUGUGGUUCAGGACUAUGUUCCUGUACCUACUACUGAAGAGCUGAAAGCUGUUCGUGUUUCCACAGAAGCCAAUAGAAGCAUUGUUCCAAUAUCCCGGGGUCAUAGACAGAAGAGCAGUGAUGAAUCAUGCUUAGUGGUAUUAUUUGCUGGUGAUUAUACUAUUGCAAAUGCCAGGAAACUAAUUGACAAGAUGGUUGGUAAAGGCUUUUUUCUAGUUCAGACGAAGGAAGUGUCCAUGAAACCUGAGGAUGCUGAAAGGGUUUUUCGAGAAAAAGCACCUGACUUCCUUCCUCUUCUGAACAAAGGUCCAGUUAUUGCUUUGGAGUUUAAUGGAGAUGAUGCUGUAGAAGGAUGUCAACUUAUUGUAAACGAGACAUUCAAUGGGACCAAGGUUUUGUAUCAGAAAGCAAAGAGACAGCAUCUGGAGAUGUGGACAGCUUCUACAACUUCGCUGAUAUACAGAUGGGAAUAUGAAGUGCAAUGUGGAACCAGGACUUGGUAUUAAGCCUUUCCCAACUUGUGAAUAUAGAAUUUGAUAAUAUACUUUUGUGUAUUAGCAAUGGUUUUUGCUAAUGCUAAAACUGUUGAAGUUUAUUUUUGAAUAAAUUGUUGAAUAUUACAUCA